AUGGGACGCUACCAGUUCCUGAGACUGCCCUUUGGAAUCGCAACUGCCCCCGAGUUCUUCCAGAGGGAAAUGCUGCGCAUCCUGGACGGCUUGGAGGGAACUGUAUGCCACAGGGAUGAUAUCCUCGUGUACGGCAAGCAUGAGCAGGAACACGAUGCUCGUCUGGACGCAGUACUGCGCCGUCUACAGGACAGUGGCAUCACAUUGAACAAGGACAAAUGCGAAGAUGCUGACGGCAAACUGUUAUACACGGCGGAUGUUCUUUCGCGCGCUCCGGUUACUAGCAGCGAUGAAACAUCAUUGGACACCUUACUGCGGGAGUACGAGCUCCUCACCGUUGAGCUACUCCCAGCAUCCGGGUCACUGCAAGCACGUCUCCGGAGAGCUCUACAGAGUGAUGACGCCACAUCAGAGGUCAUGACGUACUGCGGUAACACAUGGCCACCAGCAGACGAGAUGAGCCAUGAGGUGCGUCGGUACGCCAGCUUUUCCAGUGAGCUCUCUGUCGUCCAAGGACUCCUGUUCAAGGGGAAGAGACUGGUAAUCCCAUCAGCGAUGCGACAAGAAAUUUUGGACCGGCUCCACGCUGGCCAUCAAGGUGUUGUCCGGUGCAGAGCAAGAGCGAGGGACGCCGUCUGGUGGCCCGGUAUCGGUGAACACAUCGCCAAUUUUGUGACCAGAUGCCCAACAUGCCAAGCACACAGGAGAUCCCGGGCGGAACCCCUGCUUCAGACCGAACUUCCGCCGCGACCUUGGCAUACCGUGGGCAUGGACAUCUUCUACAAAGACAAACAAAACUAUUUGGUCAUCGUAGACUACUACUCAAAGUUCUUCGAGCUGAGGUGUCUUCCAAAGACUACGACGGCUGACGUCAUAAUGGCAUUGGGUCCGGUGUUUGCCUGUCACGGCAUUCCAGCGGUGAUGAGGACUGACAACGGGCCGCAGUUUGCCUCGAAGGAGUUCGCCCGAUAUCUGCAACGGAUCGGUGUGGUCCACGUGACGUCCAGCCCGUACUACCCUCAAACGGACGACCCCAGGGAAGACCGGAUACUCACCGGCGGAAUUGCUAAUGGGACGACGUCUGCAAUCCACGGUACCAGUUCCACAGAGCUCCCUGCAGCCACAGUGGCCGUACUUGGAACAGUAUCGAAGGAGCUACGCCCAGGACCAAGCGGUCCAUGCAAGGCACUACAACCGGAGGCACAGGGCCUCAUCUCGCCGGCCUUUCAGAAACCGAACGGCCGUGAGAAUACUCGCAGGAGCGGCAGCACAUGGGGCCAUCGUCGGUCAGGCCUCUACACCCAGGUCCUACGUCGUGGCAACUUCAACGGGGAUAACCAGGCGCACUAG